AUGUCGACCCAGCCUCUCCUUCAGCGAACCGCUGGCAAGCGUAUUGCGCUGCCGGUGCGUGUCGAACCCAAGGUGUUUUUUGCCAACGAGCGAACUUUCUUGUCAUGGCUCAACUUCACCGUAACGCUCUCGGCGCUUGCCGCGGGUCUGCUCAACUUUGGUGACAAGAUCGGUCGUAUCUCUGCCGCCAUGUUCUCGUUUGUCGCUAUGGCGAUUAUGAUUUACGCACUGCUAACGUAUCACUGGCGUGCGAGCGCCAUCCGCAACCGUGGCUCAGGGCCUUACGACGACAGGUUGGGCCCUACUGUGCUUUCGGUCAUGCUUCUCAUCGCUGUUCUCGUCAACUUCAUCCUCCGCUUCAACGCCUAA